AUCGCGAAGCUUCUGAAGGGGCGGGCAACAUCCGGGAACCUGGGGCGUCGAGUGGUGGCGCUCUGGCGACUCAGCGUGUUAGGGCCCACAGCCAUGCUGAAGUGCGGGAUGAGCGGCAGCCAGGUGAAAGUCUUUGGGAAAGCAAUCCAAGCUCUAUCAAGAAUUAGUGACGAGCUGUGGCUAGACCCAUCUGAAAAAGGUCUUGCUCUAAGGUCUGUGAAUUCUUGUCGCUCAGCAUACGGAUGUGUCCUCUUCUCUCCUGUGUUUUUCCAACAUUAUCAAUGGUCAACCUCAGUAGAUAUGAAUAAUGGCACAAAAUCAAAUUUAAAUUGCAAAUUGGGAAUUAAGUCAAUUCUGCCCAUCUUUAGAUGUCUGAAUUCCCUCGAAAGAAAUGUAGAGGUGUGCAAAAUAUUCAUCAGAUCUGAUAAGUGCAAAGUAGUCAUUCAGUUAUUCUGCAGACAUGGUAUUAAAAAGACUCACAAUGUGUGUUUUCAAGAAAGUCAGCCUUUGCAAGUUAUUUUUGAAAAGAAUACGUGUAGAAAUACACUAAUGAUUCAGCCAAGAGUGCUUGCUGAGGCAAUUGUUCUUUUCACAUCAAGUCAAGAGGAAGUUACUCUUGCAGUUACUCCACUGGAAGUUUGCAUUAAGAGUUCUGAGGAGUCAAUGGAUUUGAACAGUUCUGUAUACAGUGAAAUGUUUGUGGGUCCACAUGAGUUUGAGUUCUUUCAAAUUGGAGUUGACACUGAAAUAACAUUUUGCUGCAAAGAAUUGAAGGGAAUGCUGAUAUUUUCGGAAGCUACACAUGCUCCUAUAACCAUGCAUUUUGAUUUUCCUGGGAAACCUAUGGCUUUAAGUAUUGACCAUAUGUUAUUGGAAGCUAACUUUGUUUUGGCUACAUUAGCUGAUGAGCCAAGUAGAGCAUCUUCUCCGCAAUCAUUGUGUCUGUCACAAAAACGAAAAAGGUCAGAUCUGCCAUGUUCAAAUUCAAAGGUUGGUAAAAAAGAUAGCAAGGCCAUGGAGUCUAUCUCAAGAAAAGUAGCACCCAGAAAGCUUUAUGCUGAUGAGAUUCUCUCAAACAUCUCUGCGUUGGAAAACUCUGGCAGUCCUAUGAUGAAAAGAGUGAAUAGUGACACAGAGGAAGAGCCAGGGUCUCCAUCUCUCAGGAAGGUAAAAGAAAAAUUGCUGCUGAAAGUUAUCGUAUACUUCAGGAAGCUUAAGUGUAAGGCAAAAAAUAAUUUAAUGGAAGUGAUGCCAAAAAGUUAUUUCUGUAUAUCUGACAUAGAGCACUUACCUCCACUCAAAAAGCCUGGAUUUGGAGUGGAAUGA